GGGCCGGGCCGCGCCGCCCGCGCCCUGCCGGAGGCUGUGCAGGCCCAGGCUGCCUGCGCGGCUCUGCCGCGGCGUGCACCUGCCCUACCCCCGGCUGAGGCGGCGGAAAGCUUCCCUCGUCUGCGGCGGGGGAGAGUUAAUCCUGUGUCUCUUAGGGAAAAUAGGGGUAGAGAGCGUGAGCUGGCAGGCCGCUGCUCUGCCAUGCCCUUCAUCUUUCCAGCCUGGCCGUUCCCGCGGCGGAGAUCUCUGUCUCCUCAGAGGACUGUCCUGUGCCUUCUGCUCUCCUCCCGUGCUGUGGCUUUAGCUCUCGCGUAGCUGCGCCUGAGGCCCUUCUGGCACCGGGAAGGUUGGAGUAGUUACCCCCUGUAUGUGCCACCUGCAUCUCUCUGUCAGCUGACAGAAGGCAGAAGGAUUUUUUCGUGUUCGUUUGGUUUCGUUUUGGGUUUGGUUUGUUUUUAUCAGUGCCAUUUUCCUAAUGUACUGGACCAGGAAAAGCGAGGCCAGCAGAACCAGGGCAGUGAUUGUCCCAAUGUACUUGGCACUGGUCAGGCCACAUCUUGAGCCCUGGGUUCAGUUUUGGAGCCUUCACUAAAAGACAUCGAAAUGGCAGAGCAGGUUUGGGGAAGAACAACGAAAGGAGCUGGGAAGAGGUCUUGUGAGGAGCAGUAGUGGGACCUGGGGUUGCUCAGUCUGGAGAAGAGGAGGCUGAGGGGAGACCUCAUUGAAUCUCUCAACAGCUCCCUGGAGUGAGGUGAAUGUUGUCGUUUCCCCAUAGCCACAAGUGACAGGACGAGAAGAAAGGGCCUCAAGAUGUGCCAGAGGAGGUUCAGGUUGGAUAUUAGAGGAAACGACUGAAAGGGUUUUCAGAGACUGGAACAGGCUCCCAGGGAGGUGGUUGCAUCUCCAUCCUUGGAGGUGUUUCAGAGGUGCGGAGGUGUGGUGCUGAGUGACAGCAGGAAGAUAAAAUGUUAUUUGUUCCCUAUACAUUACUGCUGCCUGGUUUUUAAUCGUCUGAAUGAUGACACGUGUGUGCUUGUAGCUUUCUGGCUUUGUGCUUUACUGUGGAUUCUUCCCUGUUACUGGAGCUGGGGGCAGAAGGCCACUCUAAUUCCCUGGAUCUUCUGUUCUGCCUUUUAAACACUGUUUGUAAACUGUCCUUGUUCUGGGACAGCCUUCACUGUCCAAGAACUAAGAGAUAACUGCAUGUGGUUCAGGUUGCCCACAGAGGUUGUGGGAUCUCCACGCAGGGAGGUGUUCCAGGUGCAGUUAAAUGUAGCCGUUAGCAGCAUGGUGUGCCCUCGUAGCUGUCUGUUCUUUGAAUAGGAGGUUGGAUGAGAGGCCUCUCGAGCUCCUUUCCCACUUCAGUGACUUUAGUUUCCCUGUUUUCUGCUUAGUCUAUUCCUUUGUAGGACUCUGUAGCAGUAGGAGAGGAAGAUUCCUGCAGUUUCAUAUCUUAGAAGUAGUUGUGGAACAGAAAGACAUACUGAAGGAGGAUGGAUAUAUUCCUUCUGAACCACUGGGAAGGUAGUACGUGGUCUAGUAGGCUUCCAGCAGCCAAGGAGGCAUUUGAUGGUUAGGACAAGCAACAUGGGAGAGUGGGAUUCUGCUGGUAGGUCCAGUUUUGUAAGUACUUUGCAGGGGAAUCCCAGAAUUUUGAAUGCAGGAGUCUGCACUGUCCUGGAGUAAGUAUAAGCAGGACAAUGAAGCUGGUGAAGGGACUAGAGAGCAGAUCUUAGGGGGAUUGGCUGAGGGAGCUGCAGUUGUUUAGUCUGGAGGAGGCUGAGGGGAGACCUCAUUGCUCUCUGUAACUUCAUGAAAGGAGGUUAAAGUUAGAUGGGGAUUGGUCUCUUCUCCCUAAUAUCAGGUGAUAGAACAAGAGGAAAUGGCCUGAAAUUGUGCCAGGAAAGGUUUAGUUUGGAGAUGAGGAAAAAAUUCUUUUCUGCAAGAGUGGUCAGGCGUUGGAAGAGGCUGCCCAGGGAGGUGGUAGAGUCACCAUCUCUGGAAGCACUGAAGAGUGUGGGCAUGGCACCUAGGGACAUGGAUUGAUAGCCAUGGUGCUGUUAGGUUGAUGGUUGGACUUGGCAAUCUUAGAGGUCUUUUCCAACCAAAACAGUUCUGUGACUCUGUGUUUUAGCUGCAGCUUUCCCUGGGUUAGCUGCAAUAGAUGAGCACCAAAGUCGGUGUCUGCUGUCUGUCGUACUGCAGGUGCCGAAGGGGCUGCAGGCACAAAUCCUCUAACUCCUGUAUCAAAUAACCAUCAUACUCUUGCAUCCUUUCAGCAGGUUACAAACCCAAACCUCUUUUUUCUUUUUCUGCUGGGUGUAUAGGAGCGACCUGAGACCCUCCUGUUCUGCAUGAAGGACAAAAGGUCUGCUAAAGGGAGGAAAAGAAAGGUCUGAUAAAUGGAAGCCAUGAAGAUAUCAAAGCGUUUCUUUGCCUUUGGGAUUUUGACAUGCAUAGCUAUUUAUGUUGCAUACAUCAAAUGGCACUUGGAUUCCAAACCAGUUGUGGCAGCAACAGAAGGGUUUGUUGAAAGAAGGGGAGACAAACUGAACCAUCCAGCACUGACUGCAGGGCUGGCUGUCUUCUAUGGGAUUAUGUUUGAUGCAGGAAGCACAGGAACUCGCAUCCACAUCUUUAAAUUUACACAGCAACCAAAAGAGACUCCCAGAUUAACCCAUGAGACGUUCAAAGCACUGAAGCCAGGUCUGUCUGCAUAUGCUGAUGAUGUUGAGAAGUGUGGCCAGGGAAUAAAAGACCUCCUGGAGGUGGCAAAGAAGGAAGUUCCUUUGGAGCUGUGGAAGUUUACUCCUCUGGUCCUAAAGGCCACAGCUGGCCUACGAUUGCUGCCAGGAGAGAAAGCUCAGAAACUGUUGGAUAAGGUGAAGGAGAUUUUUCAGGCCUCUCCCUUCUUCGUGAGGGACAACUGUGUGUCAAUAAUGAAUGGAACAGAUGAAGGUAUUUCAGCCUGGAUCACAAUAAAUUUUUUAACAGGUAGCCUGGAUGACCCACAGAAGAGAAGCGUGGGGAUGCUGGAUCUGGGUGGUGGAUCGACGCAGAUCACCUUCCUUCCACGCACAGAGGCAACUCUGCAGACCUCACCAGCUGGCCACACAACAUCGUUUCAGAUGUUUAACCACACCUACAAGCUGUAUUCCUACAGUUACUUGGGACUCGGGCUGAUGUCAGCAAGGCUUGCCAUUUUAGGAGGAGUUGAGGGCAAACCCCUAGGAGAAGGGGAGGAGUUGGUCAGCCCUUGUUUACCACCUGGCUUCAAAUCUGAGUGGCAGCAUGCUGAGAUAGUGUACAAAAUUAAAGGACAGAAGGCAGGUGAGCCUCUCUACGAGGCUUGUGCUAACAAAGUGGCAAAGAUGCUUUAUAAAAAGGUGCAUAAAGCUGAAGAAGUGAAGGACUUGGAUUUUUACACUUUCUCCUACUACUAUGACCGUGCAGCAGAGGUUGGUCUCAUAGAUAAAGAAAAAGGAGGAAGCUUAACUGUUGGUGACUUUGAAAUUGCAGCUAAAUAUGUAUGCAAGACGAUGGAAGUCAGCCCUGGAAGCAGCCCUUUUCUCUGCAUGGACCUCACAUACAUCACCUUUCUCCUGCAAGAACUGGGCUUCCCGAGGAGCCAGGUCUUUAAGCUUGCCCGGAAAAUUGACAAUGUUGAAACGAGCUGGGCCUUGGGAGCCACUUUCCAUUACAUCGACUCACUCAAUAGGUACUAAAGCUCCUCAGAGGUUGCUUUUGGGAGUCUCAGUUUUUGAAAGCUCAACACAGGAGAACGUGUUGAAGGGCCUGGGUUUUGGCUUCCAGGAUGCUUUGGGAGCUCAUCAUAAACUAGGCCCCUGUCCUCCCACUCCCUGCCAAGACCCCUCCAUCACUAGCUUCUCUUUACAGUGCAGAGCCCACUAAAGAAUGAGCCUUGAUUCGGCAGUAUCUGCAGUCAGCUUGGUGUUAAACUUUGAUCACUGUUGAAGGGAACCCAGGACUCUGCAGGCCAUCUGUGAUCUCUAUGAGAAAAACACACCUCCUUUGGAAUGUGCCCGUACUGUGUGCUUGUCCUGUGCUGAAGUCGCUGUAGGAAAUGAUCACUCCAGAAGGAACUCUUCACCAUCCUGAUUUCAGGGUGGUUUUUCCUGUUUGUCAGCAGUUUUCAGUGGUUUUUCUUUUACUACUUCCGUGUUUGAAGGUGAACUUACGUGUCCGUGCACAAAAACAAUGCCCUUACUCCAGCAGUGGCUUUGAAAUGGAAGUCUCAGCUCUGCUUUCCACUUGCUGAGCUGGAAAAGCUCAAGAGCACUUCAGAAACUAAACAUGGACUCAAGAGGAAUAAAUCAAAGCCUAUAUACCCUGUAGGGUUAGAGCCUACAGCCUGCUGUUGGUUCCCUGGCUGUUAGGAGGUAGAUGGAAGAUAUUUGCUAGAUCUAGCUGAGCAAGGCCCAGGAAUUGGGUACAAAGCUAAUAAUGGAUUGGACAGUUCUGGAGUUGGUCAGGGCCUGAGCAUGGCUUCUUGGACCUCACAGACAUUUGUGCCUUGGCAAGGUUACUGCAGGGCCUGAGAUAAAAGCAUUUCCGUGGUGUUUCGGGCGCUGCUCCUGAAGAUGCAUCUCACUCGAUAAAUGAAUGUAUUGUGGUGGCACUGAGCUGUGGCAGGGUAGCUGCAAUGCACCACUCCACGAGAAUGUCCUGUAGGCAGGCUGGGAGUGAUCUUGGAGGUGGCAGGAGCUGGAGAGGGCACACUGCACUCUUUGUAAUCUAACUGUGGAACUGCAUUGUGUCUGUAUGGAUGUUCAGAGCCGACCCCAGUGGUCUUUUGGGGUGCAAGAGAGCCCCUCCUCAAGAGACAGCAGUACCUGCACUCAUGGCCACAGCCUUGUCCUUCCCAUAGGGCAGUGAGAUGUUGUAUGGUGGCCUGCUUGGCUGCUGGCUCUGCAGCUCACUGUACAGGGGACACUUGAACCCUACUGUACUGACAAUAAAACUCCAAUUUAAAACAAAAA